UACCACACAUCCACGCUUGCUGCGUGUGUGUGCGACGUGUGUGUAGCGACCAACAAUCAGUCCACGUGUGUGAUCGUAAUAAUGGCUGUGGACGGAACAGAUGAGAAUAAUUUGGAACGAGGUGUUUACACAAAAGAUGCAUCCCGUCCUCGAAAGACCCUCGGUGGAUCUCUGUCCGAUCUCAGAGGGUCUCAGAAGUGUGGAGCCUGGGCCUCACACUUUCAGCGGCUCUUUGUGUCGUUCAUCGGAGCAGAUUGGAUCUUCCUCAUGAUCCUGGGGUUCAUCAUGGCAGUGAUCAGCUUCGUCAUGGAUGUCUUCGUCGACCACUUCACAGAAGCGCACAGGUGGAUCUACAAUCUUGCAGACAGUCAUGUUUUCCUGCAGUAUUUGGCGUGGGUCGCAUAUUCUUUGUUUCUGAUGUGUUUUGCGGCAGGCUUCGCAAACAUAGUAUCAAUUCAGGCAGCUGGGUCUGGUAUUCCUGAAAUGAAGACGUGUCUGAGAGGAGUGAUGCUGCCCGAAUAUCUCACGUUCAACACAUUAGUGUCCAAAGUCAUCAGUCUGAUCUGUGUGCUCGGAAGUGAAUUACCUGUGGGGAAAGAGGGUCCGUUUGUGCACAUCGGCAGCAUAUGUGCCGCUGUUCUCUGCAAAUUCAUGUCUCUCUUCAGUAGCAUUUAUAAGAAUGAGGCCAGAAACAAGGAGAUGCUGACGGUGGGAUGUGCUGUGGGAAUUGGCUGCUGCUUCUCUUCUCCUAUCGGAGGUGCGUUAUUCAGCUUAGAGGUCACUUCUAUGUUUUUCGUCGCACGAAACUACUGGCGUGGGUUUCUGUCUGCUACGUUCGGUGCCUUCAUCUUCAGACUUCUGCCGGUGUGGAACAGACAGGAAGAGACUAUUAUGGCUCUUUAUGCAACAAAAUACAGGUUGGACUUUCCUUUUGACCUGAAGGAGCUUCCUGUCUUCGCUGCGAUGGGGAUACUAUGUGGCUUUGGCGGUGCCCUCUUUGUGUAUUUGUAUGGAAAGAUUACUCUGUUUGUGAAGAAGCAGAAAGCCACGAACAGCUUCCUCAUGAAGAACUGUUUCUUGUAUUCUGCUUUGGUUUCUGUGCUGAUUUCAACGCUCACUUUUCCUCUGGGCUUUGGGCAAUUCAUGGCUGGACAGCUUACACAAAGGGAAUCCUUGAUUUCAUUUUUUGAUCAUCGCACCUGGUCAAAUCAUGGCAUCGUAGCAGACUUUGAUCAUGACGAUCACUUAGCCGCCUGGAAACAUCCCCAGGCUAACGUCUUUAUCAUUCUCUCCAUCUUCGUCAUCAUGAAGUUCUGGAUGUCUGCUAUUUCUAUAACCCUUCCUAUACCAUGUGGUUCCUUCGUUCCCAUUUUUGUCAUUGGUGCUGCGUUUGGACGUUUGGUGGGUGAAGGUUUGGCCACAUUGUUUCCAGAUGGAUUUAACAUGGAUGGACACAUAUACCCUAUAAUGCCCGGAGUGUAUGCUGUCGUAGGAGCGGCAGCGUUAACGGCUGGAGUCACUCACACGCUCUCAACUGGUGUGAUCAUGAUGGAAUUGACGGGUCAGAUCAAUUACGCUCUGCCCAUCCUCAUCUCUGUGAUUCUCGCCAACAUGAUCUCUCAGAGUCUUCAGCCGUCCAUCUACGACAAAGUUAUCCGCAUAAAAAAACUGCCUUACCUGCCCAUGCUCAGCUGGGGCCACCGCAAUAAGUAUAAUAUUCAUGUGGGGGACUUUAUGAAAAGAGAAGUUCGUUAUAUCACGCUGAACUCCAACUACCGAGACAUAUUCAAGAUCCUACGCUCAGGAAAUCUGAAAACACUGCCAUUGGUGAAGUCCGCAGAGUCGAUGCUCUUGCUGGGUUCAGUUGAGCGUGCUCAGUUACUUGCACUCUUAAAGCAGCGAUCACAGAACCUGCAAGAGGAAAAUGCGUCCACAAUGCCUUUCAGCUACAAGGUUCACUUCCAGCUGGCAACGUCCACAGAAGAGUCUGCGUCCACUGAACCUCUGAAAUCUCCUCUGAAGAAGCCGUCUGUAGAUGAGAAAGAUAUUACAAGUCUUUAUGAUUCUGGCUUGAGCUUGAAGAAGUUCUUCUGUUCUCGUCCUGACAUUAAGGCAAUGGAGGACGACCCAGACACAGAGGAUGAUGAAACGAUACUUCAAGAGUUCGAGGAGUGGGAGGAGCAACAGCUUGACGAGCAGGUGAACUUCAACAACUGCAAGAUUGACCCCGCCCCCUUCCAGCUGGUGGAGCGCACUUCACUGCACAAGACUCACACCAUGUUUUCUGUGUUGAAUCUGGAUUACGCUUACGUCACCAGCAUCGGACGACUUGUCGGAGUCGUUUCGCUGAAAGAGUUGUGUAAAGCUAUCGAGGGCUCCCUGCCGGCGGACGGCGUGAGGUUGCGUCCCAUUCUGGCCAAUUUCAGAGACCGAGGCGUUCGGGGAUUCAGGACCGAGACCACCGAACUCCACAAAGUACUGGACCGUCAGAUGAGCUAAGA